AUGCCUGCGCGCAUCUUCAGGGCCCCAUUCCAGGACCUUCCCUUGGACAUUCUUCCCCCCAUCCUCGCCCAGUUGACGGAUAGAAGGGACUGGCAUGCAUGUACUGUUGUCAGUAGGUCCUUUAAUAGAGCAGUUACUCCGUUCUUGUACCGGACCCUCGAUUCUAGGAUAAUAUCAAAGACACUGGUUCACCACCCUUCAAGUACACUGAUCCGCCGACCAGAUCUCGCCCAAUACGUAAGGCACGUUACUGAAACAGGCACAAUCCACCGCGGCGUCCUUCCACAAUACCCAAACAUAACCGCCGAUACCCUCAAAGCCCUCUCCCUAUGCACCAACCUCCGCUCAAUGACAUGGGUCGACGACUCAUCCACAACCUUUGCCUCACUCUUCAUCUCCUUCCUCACCGUCCUACGCACCCUCCCCUUACGCGAACUAACCAUCCGCACCCACUCCGAUUUGGGCGAACAAGUCUGGGCUGAACUCAUCACCCUAACCGGCCUCCGAAAAAUAUCCAUCUGGUGCAUGGAAGGUCCCCCUCGUGUCUUACAAGGCUGGUCAGAGCCCCUCGGCAACACAUUGACGCAUCUAGAGCUGGGAAGAUGUGCGGGCGUCCCACCAACCAUCCUCAUUUCAGUUCUUUCGCAACUCCCUCUUUUAAGAGACUUACGACUAAAAGGCGCCCCGGCGUCAACGAUACCCACCAUCGUCACCGUCCUACCCAACCUCCGUUCCCUAGACACCGAAUACCUCCUCUCCGGCACCUCCUCCCACCGCCGCCUCAACACCACCCCCGGCAGCAGCUCAACAUCACCAACAACAACGCGUCCUUCCCCCCGCAAGGCCCUCCAAAAUUUGACCGUCCGCACCUCCUCCAUGGACGCGUUUGGCCCACAGAAAAUGUGGCCGUGGAUAAGGGAGCUGGUCGGCACCAUCCCGGGCUUGGAGACCUUCCGCCUGCACGCGUUCACGAUCAACGGGUCCGAGACGUCCAUUCCGAGAAUGUUCUUGUUGGAUUUGGCAAAAGUGCAUGGGGGGUCGUUGACGGCGUUUAUAGUCCCCAAUGUUAUGCUUACGUUGAAGGAUGUGGAGUGUCUUGGCAGUUUGUUUGGUGGGCUUGGGGAGUUGGUGUGUAUGGUUGCUAGUGGGGAUGUUGCGUCGAUUGCGGAGGCGGUGUCGUAUGCCCGGAAUUUACAUACCCUCAAGUUACAAGUCCAGUGGAUCCCAUCUGGAGGAGCCAGUGCGGGGAAGACGAAGUUUACGUUGGAAGAUGCGACGAAUAUGAUGUUGCCACAGAGCAACUCGGACGUGGCGGAUAAGGACAAUGAUAAGGAGACACCUAUCAAGGAAUCGCGGUUGAGAGUUAUUGGGAUUGGGAGUGUCUUGUAUACUGGCAAGUGGAUUUUGGAUGAGAAGGAUGGAGGGACGAGGUUCGUGGUCACUGCUGGUGUUGCGCAGGACAAGUGGCAGACUUGA